ACAAGUCGAUAUGAUGUUGUUUCUGUGGCCGGUGGUGGCGCUCUUGUCGGUGGCCCCAAGUGUCCUGAGUCACACGAUCAGUGACACCUCUCGACAGUGCCUGGCAUUGUACAACAAAGAUUUCUCCAAUGAAUUCUUGAUCGGCACGUGGUACUACGUUUACAAAUUCUCCCUCUGGCUCAACUUGCCUGCAUCUAGCAUUUGCAGAGAAGUCACAUUCCAGCGCCCAACAACGGAAGAUCUUACCAAUUACAGAAACUAUUUCAACAGAACCGAUAUGCCGUAUUCUUUCAACGAUGAUUCUGUUGGAUUUUCGGUGGUGAACAGCGGUCCAGGAGAUACAUUUUUAGCUGGACUUUUCUUAGGUGUUAAGGAAGCGAAGUUCUUCGUUCGCCAUCCCGCAAACAACGCGGAUAGGGAGACAUAUGACGUAAGAGCGUUCAGGUAUGUAAACGAUGACUUUGUGAUCCACGAGGACUGCGCCCUGCGCGGACACACCAGAUGGCUGAUUUCGAGAAAGAGGAACCCAACCAAUGAGGAGCUACAGAAGAUUAUUGACAGUGAAUACGACCUUAAGAGGCUGGAGUCACAGAAGUACUGCGACUUAUAAGAAAAUAUCUUAUAUUGUUAGUUAUUUCGUCAACGA